AUGAAAACUAAAUUUGUUGACAAAGUUUGUGUUGUUUGUGGUGAUAAAUCUCGAGGUAAAAAUUUUAAUGUCAUAUCUUGUGAGUCGUGUCGCACUUUCUUUAGACGAUCGGUAAUUAAAAAUCAGAGCUAUAAAUGCAAAUGUAAUGGAAAAUGUGAAAUAACUUUAAAAACUAGAAUUAUUUGCAAAUUAUGCCGUUUUAACAAAUGUCUGGCAAUGGGAAUGAAACAAGAAUUACUUCAAACUCAUGAAGAAAAAGAAAGUAGAAAACAAUUGGUUAAACAAAAUCAACAAAAAAUUAAAAACAAUGAAAUAUCAAAUAUUUUGUCAAUUUUUAGCACAGAUACUAAAAUAACAGAUAAUGACUUUCAAUCGGAUUUAUUUGAUAAUAAUAUAAUAGAUAAUAUAAGUUCGUCCAACAAUAAUGUGUAUUAUAAUGAGUCGACGACUUCACUAAAAUCACAAAAUAUGUCAUCAAUUUGUCUGCAAAGACCGAUACAGUACUCAAUUAAUUUCAAUCAAUUAGAAGACAUACAUAUAUCAGAGCUAAUGAAGGCAACAGAAGUAAUUGUUUGCAAUUCCGGCAAAUUCUUGAUUGAUAUGAACUCAAGAUAUCUACUAAUGACUACUUGUAAUGAUAUUUAUGAAAACAAAAUGAUAGAAAUCGUAAAGUUUUCUAAACAAUUGCAAAGAUUCAAACAUAUUUGUAGUGAAGAUCAGUUAGUAUUAGUCAAGAGGGCUUGCGUUGAAUUGUUUAUUAUCAGAUAUUUGCGAUAUUUUGACAGUAAUAAUGGUAGAGUUGGCUAUUAUUUUGACAAAAAUCAUACGCUAAACAUUGAUGUGGACACAGUAUUUCAUAUACCAAAAUCAAAUUAUGCCACUUUGUUUAAAUUAUUUGCUAACAAAUAUAAUAAAGUUGCCAUGUUCAAAUUGGAUACAAUUGUCAUCAAUUUGUUAUCAGCGAUAGUCUUGUUUAAUCCUAACCGUCCAAACUUGUGUCAUAAAUUGAAUGUUAAACUCGAACAACAACUUUAUAUAUAUUUAUUACAACGAUAUUUACAAAUUAUAAAUAAAUCAAACGACAAUUCAAACAAACAAUUUUCACUAUUAAUGAAUAUUGUAUCUGAAUUACAAUCAUUGGGUGAAAUUCAGGUAAAAUUAUUUAUAGAAGAUUAUAGUUUAUAUGAAGACUACAUAAGACCGAUGACUAAAGAGAUCUAUAAUUUGAAAUAA